AUGGCUAUGAGCAUGAGCACGUUCGGCGCGGGGAUAUGUUACACCGGGAAGCUUCCGGUGAGGCGAGUCACUGGAGAAACGGGGAGGAAGCAGCAGAGAGUUGGAAUGGUAAGAGCAGAAGGAGGCGGAGGAGGGAUCAAUCGGGAGAUCAGAAAGAACGAGGAAAAAGUGGUUGACUCCGUCGUCGUCACCGAGCUUUCCAAAAACAUAACUCCCUAUUGCAGGUGUUGGAGAUCGGGAACAUUUCCACUGUGUGAUGGGAGUCAUGUGAAGCACAAUAAAGCUACUGGAGAUAACGUUGGCCCUCUCCUUCUCAAGAAACAGUAG